GGCUGGCAGCAGACGGCGAGGGAGGCGAGCGAUCGCGGCGCCGCGAGCGGGUUGCGGGCAGCGGGGGACGGCAAACUUUGCUGUUCGCCGCGCUUCCCCGGCCCGGCCCCUUCUCCCAUCGCCAACGUCGCCACCCCACUUUCCUCCAACCCCGCACACCUCUCCCCACCCACCCCACCUCCCGUCGCUCCUCCUCGCCGCCUCGACUCUGCUCCGGGGAAAACUUCAAAGCGCCGGAUCGCAGGCUCCCUGCUUACUCCCCGGCCGGGGAUUUCAGACUAGACGCUUGAAGAAAAGCUGCCAUCCAAGAAGACGACAUGCUUUCAGCAACCCCCCUGUAUGGGAACGUUCACAGCUGGAUGAACAGCGAGAGGGUCCGCAUGUGUGGGAUCAGCGACGACAGGAAAAUUCCUGUAAACGAUGGUGACGCUUCAAAGGCCAGACUGGAACUAAGGGAAGAAAAUCCCUUGAAUCACAACGUGGUGGACGCGACCACGGCCCAUCGGAUCGAUGGCCUGGCAGCGCUGAGCAUGGACCGCACCGGCCUGAUCCGGGAAGGGCUGCGUGUCCCCGGAAACAUCGUCUAUUCUAGCUUGUGUGGACUGGGCUCAGAGAAAGGGCGGGAGGCUGCCACAACCAUAGGUGGUCUGGGGUUUUCUUCCGAAAGAAACCCAGAGAUGCAGUUCAAACCGAAUACGCCCGAGACGGUGGAGGCCUCCGCUGUCUCCGGAAAGCCCCCAAAUGGCUUCAGUGCUAUAUACAAAACGCCACCCGGAAUACAAAAAAGUGCUGUCCCCACGGCAGAAACACUGGGCUUGGACAGACCUGCUAGCGACAAACAGAGCCCACUCAACAUCAAUGGUGCUAGUUACCUGCGGCUGCCCUGGGUCAAUCCUUACAUGGAGGGGGCCACGCCAGCCAUCUACCCUUUCCUCGACUCGCCAAAUAAGUAUUCCCUGAACAUGUACAAGGCCUUGCUACCUCAGCAGUCCUACAGCCUGGCCCAGCCGCUGUAUUCUCCGGUCUGUACCAACGGGGAGCGAUUUCUCUACCUGCCGCCACCUCACUACGUCAGUCCCCACAUCCCGUCGUCCCUGGCCUCGCCCAUGAGACUCUCGACGCCUUCGGCCUCCCCAGCCAUCCCGCCUCUGGUCCACUGCGCAGACAAAAGCCUGCCCUGGAAGAUGGGCGUCAGUCCUGGGAACCCGGUCGAUUCCCACUCAUAUCCCCACAUCCAGAACAGUAAGCAGCCUAGGGUGCCGUCUGCCAAGGCGGUCACCAGCGGCCUGCCGGGGGACACGGCUCUCCUGUUGCCCCCCUCGCCUCGGCCUUCACCCCGCGUCCACCUGCCCUCCCAGCCCGCUGCGGACACCUACUCCGAGUUCCAUAAGCACUAUGCCAGGAUCUCCACGUCGCCCUCGGUCACCCUGUCCAAGCCAUACAUGACGGUCAGCAGCGAGUUCCCCGCGGCCAGGCUCUGCAGCAGCAAGUAUCCUAAGGCCCCAGAAGGAGCCGAAAGCACCCAGCCAGCUCCCGGGCACACCCGCAAAGCAGCAGGUCAGGACAGAAAAGAUGGCAGCUCACCUCCUCUCUUGGAGAAGCAGACGGUUACCAAAGACGUCACCGAUAAGCCACUAGACUUGUCCUCUAAAGUGGUGGAUGUAGAUGCUUCCAAAGCCGACCACAUGAAGAAGAUGGCUCCCACGGUCCUGGUUCACAGCAGAGCCGGGAGCGGCCUCGUGCUCUCCGGAAGUGAGAUUCCGAAAGAAACUCUAUCUCCUCCAGGAAACGGCUGUGCUAUCUAUAGAUCUGAGAUCAUUAGCACGGCUCCCUCGUCCUGGGUGGUGCCCGGGCCAAGUCCUAACGAAGAGAACAAUGGCAAAGGCCUGCCGCUGAAAAACAAGGCCUUGGACUGGGCCAUCCCGCAGCAGCGCAGUUCUUCGUGUCCCCGCAUGGGCGCCGCCGACGCCGUGGUCACUAACGUUUCGGGGUCGGUGUCGAGCGCCGGCCGCCCGGCCUCUGCGUCGCCGGCCCCGAAUGCCACCGCCGAGGGCAGCAAGACCAGCAGGAGCUCCGUGGAUACCACGCCAUCCGUCAUCCAGCACGUGGGCCAGCCCCCGACCACACCUGCCAAGCACAGCGGCGGCACCGGCAGCAAGGGCGCCAAAGUCAGCAACCCAGAGCCGAGCUUCAAAGCGAACGAGAACGGCCUCCCGCCGAGCUCAAUAUUUCUCUCACCAAACGAGGCGUUCAGGUCCCCACCCAUCCCCUACCCCAGGAGUUACCUGCCUUACCCAGCGCCCGAGGGCAUUGCCAUAAGCCCCCUGUCCUUACACGGCAAAGGCCCUGUCUACCCUCACCCGGUGUUGUUGCCCAACGGCAGUCUCUUCCCUGGGCACCUCGCCCCAAAGCCGGGACUGCCCUAUGGGCUCCCCACGGGCAGGCCGGAGUUCGUGACCUACCAGGACGCGCUGGGGUUGGGCAUGGUGCAUCCCAUGUUGAUACCUCACACGCCCAUCGAGAUCACUAAAGAGGAGAAACCAGAGAGGAGGUCCCGGUCCCACGAGAGGACCCGCUACGAGGACCCAAGCCUCCGGAACCGGUUCUCUGAGAUGCUGGAGGCUGGCAACACCAAGUUACAUCCAGAAGUCCCCGCGGACAAGAACCUAAAGCCCAGCCCCAGCUGGAAUCAAGGGAAGACCGUAGUCAAGAGUGACAAGCUCGUCUAUGUAGACCUCCUCCGGGAAGAGCCAGAGGCGAAAACCGACGCUAACGCGUCCAAACCCGGCUUCACAGCUGAGAGCGUCGGCCAGAGUGCCGAGCCCACCAAACCCCCGCCCGACCCAGCCCUGCAGCCACACCGGGAUUUCAUUGCCCUGAGAGAGGAGUUGGGGCGCAUCAGUGACUUCCACGAAGCCUAUACUUUCAAACAGGCUCCGGGCCAGCCAGUCUUCGGCUUAAGCAAGGAGAAUGUUCCGGCGGGAACCAACAAGGAGAACCUGGCGAUGCCGGUCUCGACUUCAUUCCUGGAGCCGACCCUGGGGAGCGACGGCUCUGCGGUCACUUUCGGGAAAACCCAAGAGGAUCCCAAACCGUUUUGCGUGGGCAGUGCCCCACCGAGUGUGGACGUCACCCCCACCUAUACCAAAGACGGAGCUGACGAGGCAGAAGCAACCGAUGGCAAAGUUCUGAAACCGAAGCCAUCGAAGCUGGCAAAGAGAAUCGCAAACUCCGCUGGUUACGUGGGUGACCGGUUCAAGUGUGUCACUACCGAACUGUACGCAGACUCCAGUCAGCUCAGCCGGGAGCAGCGGGCAUUGCAGAUGGAAGGAUUACAAGAGGACAGUAUUUUAUGUCUACCCGCUGCUUACUGUGAGCGUGCAAUGAUGCGCUUCUCAGAGUUGGAGAUGAAAGAGCGAGAAGGUGGCCACCCCACGACCAAAGACUCCGAGGUGUGCAAAUUCAGCCCCGCUGACUGGGAAAGGCUGAAAGGAAGUCAGGACAAAAAGCCAAAGUCGGUCGCCCUGGAGGAGGCCAUUGCCGACCAGAACGACAGUGAGAGAUGCGAGUAUAGUGCUGGAAACAAACACGACCCCUUCGAAGCCCCAGAGGACAGAGAUCUCCCCGGGGAGAAGUACUUCAUGGACACGGAGCCUGCCAGCGAGCCCCCCGCCGACCAGGCGGCCCCGGACGUGCCACGCAGCCCCACCCUCCGGCUGGACAGAAAGCGCAAGGUCUCUGGCGACAGCAACCACACCGAGACCACUGUGGAAGAGCUCCCGGAGGACUCUCUGCUGAAAGCCAAGCGGAGACGGGUCUCCAAAGAUGACUGGCCUGAGAGGGAAAUGACAAACAGUUCCUCUAACCACUUAGAAGAGCCACACUGUAGUGAGCUGGCCAAGCUGAAGGUGUGCAUUGAAUUAACAGGGCUCCACCCCAAAAAGCAACGCCACUUGCUGCACCUUAGAGAACGGUGGGAGCAGCAGGUGUCGGCAGCAGAGAGCAAACCUGGCCGGCAGGGCAGGAAGGAAGUGACCCAGGCGGUUCAGCCUGCGGCCGCCCCCCAGGGCAAUAGCAUCUCCGAAGAGAAACCUGGCAGGAAAAGGGCAGAGGCCAAAAGCAACAGAAGCUGGUUGGAGGAGUCAGUUAAACACACUGGCAAUGAGCAAGCCUUGCCUGUGUUCUCCGGCUCUCCGCCCGUGAAGGGCCUUUCAUCCACCAAUGCAAGCGGCCGAAAGCAGACUCAGCCAGGCUGCACGCCAGCCUCAGGACUGCCUACCAAACAUGACCAAGUUAAAGAAAGCCAGAAGACAGAUGUGGUGUGCAUGGACGUCGAAGAGGACUGCCAGGCCACGUCCCUGCUGCAGAAAUACACCGACAACAGCGAGAAGCCAUCCGGGAAGCGACUGUGCAAAACCAAGCAUCUGAUCCCUCAGGAGCCCAGGCGGGGCUUGCCGCUGCCAGGGGACUACUACGUGGACAAUGCCGAUGGCAAGGUGACCGUCCGGAGAUUUCGAAAGCGGCCUGAGCCCAGUUCCGACUAUGAUCUUUCGCCGGCCAAGCAGGACCAGAAGCCCUUGGACCGCUUGCAGCAACUGUUACCACCUUCCCAGGCCUCGCAGCUGACAUGCUCGAGCUCCCCUCCAGAGACCACCCAGUCCCGCCCAAUGCCACCGGAAGCGCGGAGACUCAUCGUCAAUAAGAACGCGGGCGAGACCCUCCUACAGCGGGCCGCCCGGCUUGGCUACGAGGAAGUGGUCUUGUACUGCCUGGAGAACAAGAUUUGUGAUGUGAACCACCGCGACAACGCGGGUUACUGUGCCCUGCACGAGGCUUGUGCAAGGGGUUGGCUCAACAUUGUACGACACCUCCUUGAAUAUGGCGCCGAUGUCAACUGCAGUGCCCAGGAUGGAACCAGGCCUCUCCACGAUGCUGUCGAGAAUGAUCAUCUCGAAAUUGUCCGCUUGCUCCUCUCCUAUGGUGCUGAUCCCACCUUGGCUACAUACUCAGGUAGAACCAUCAUGAAAAUGACCCACAGCGAACUUCUGGAGAAGUUCUUAACAGACUAUUUAAACGACCUGCAGGUUCCUGAUGACUAUGACCCCAGUGGCUCUUGGGAGUUCUACGGCAGCUCUGUGUGUGAACCAGAUGAUGAAAGUGGUUACGACGUUUUAGCAAAUCCCCCAGGACCGGAGGACCAGGAUGACAGCGACGAGGCCUAUGGUGACCUAUUCGAAUUUGAAUUUUCCGAAAGCCCCCUUUUGCCAUGUUACAACGUCCAGGUGUCCGUCGCUCAGGGGCCUCGGAACUGGCUGUUGCUGUCAGACACGCUCAAGAAAUUGAAAAUGUCCUCCCGCAUAUUCCGCUGCAAUUUCCCAAAUGUAGAAAUUGUCACCAUUGCGGAGGCCGAGUUCUACCGGCAAGUGUCAGCAAGUCUCUUAUUCUCUUGCCCCAAAGACCUGGAGUCCUUUAAUCCGGAAAGUAAGGAGCUCUUAGAUCUGGUGGAGUUCACGAACGAGCUUCAGACUCUGCUGGGCUCAUCCAUGGAGUGGCUCCACCCCAGCGACAUGGACUCAGACGACUACUGAGGCUAGAAACCUGAACACCACUAGACUCCCUUGCCGCUAGGAUUCUGAAUGGUCGGUUUGGAAGGCAGAGCGAGGUAGAGGCAUCUUCCUGCUCUACUGGCUGCUGGUAAGAAGGGUUAGGGAGACACGCUGGCCAGUUUUAGUGACUUGACCAGCCUUCCAACACUGGGUCUUCAGCUUUGUGGGUAAUGAGACGCAGUAGUGAUUGUGGUGACGCCAGGAUGACAACCUCAGCAGACUGUUCUUAAAUCCAGUGGUUCCGGUGUCAUCCCCGAUUCACAUUCCUCUAGCCCAGCAUCUGAUUCCUUGUAUCAAGUCCACUUGGGAUCAGAAUGCCCUUAGCGCUUGUCAGUCUUGCAAUGAACCCUGAGAACACCUAGGCAGAGUAGACGGAAGGGGCCACGGCGAUGAUGUACUGGAGUGGGGUCGUGAAGUAUGCAGAGGGAGGGGACCUGCAAGCUCUGUGACCUGGCAGGUGGGAAAAGUGAGCCAUGUUUGGGAAUGGGGAAACCCAGCACUGUCCGAGGUGGAAAUGAGAGAGAGCCCAUUGUUGGUGAGUACCAAAUGAUGCUUGGGAUGUAUCCUGAAGACAAAAGGGAACCAGCAGUGUUCUUGAUUUACUAAUUUUUUGAUCAUAAACAAGUACACUUUCAUUGCUUUAAAGAAAAAUCCCAGCAUUUCAGAAAUAGAGGUUCUUGUCAUCCCAAGCCAACCCUUCCUCCCAUUCCCCACUCCGGAGUUAAAACCCGUGUUCACAGUUUGCUGAAUAUUGUUUAUCAGGAAGUCAUCUGACACAACAGGAGAGAAAGACAAAGUAAAUAGCAAGACCUGAAGAAAUGAUCGAAACGAAAGAAUACCAGUGAGCCUGAACUUCUAUAGGUAACGAGGAGCUCCUAAGAGCCCAAAUAAAAGCAACGAAAUACUCCAGGUUACUUCGCUGUUUGUAUUUGUGCUGGCAGUACGGGGGGUGCCCGAGACCAACUGAGGUUCUAUCCUGGAUGAAGGUCAUUUUAUUAAUAAAGCCAAGAAAAUAAGUGAGAGCCACAGGUUUAAGGGGUGCAGGGGAAGUGAGUAAUGGGCUCGGUUUAGGAGACAUUUCGCGUUGUGGUUUAUGCGGUUGGAGGAGCUGUUGUUGAGUCAGAACGUUUAUUGUAAGAACCAUCAGGGUGUUAGAAAACGUGGACAGAGAAUAACUAGGGUAUCUGACCCAGGGUAUAGAUGAGCUGCCCACGGCCUAGAGAA